AUGCCUCGAAUCCGGCACGUUGCGCUCGAUCAGCGUAUCGAAGAUGGUAUGCGGCACACGGUGAUCGAUUCCAGAGGUAUCCGUGGCGAUCGGGCGCAAAAGAAGCGUCGUAUGGUCCAAGUAGGCUCCUCUCCGCCGCACUUCACCACAGCAUCUCUUCAUCUCGCAACACAGACUGUAGCAUGUCGGCAAAAGGAGCCCGAAGCAUCUCGCUCUAUGUCUGCAUCACCCUCGGCCAAGCGGAAAAGACGCAUCGUCCUUGUUCAGCCAAAAGCGGUCCUUCAUCUGCGCUCGUCCUCGCCAGCUUCACCAUUAGACGACGAGCCUCCACCACUAGCACGACCCGCAACACUGCCUUUCGCACCAAGGCUACAGUCUCCCGUCCGGCGAGAUGCAGCCCCGACUCUAGCACAAAGACACGCCCAGCUCGAUCGGAGCGACCCGAGCUCGCCAAUAGGCACCUUCGGAGCGCAGAUGAUCGGACGUUCCGGUCGCACGCUCAGGUCAUCCUUUGUCGGGGCAUCCGUUUCAGCGUCGAGACCUCCCCCAGCAAAGACGGUCGGCCUCAGAGCUCUGAACCGGCCGUCUACGCUUCGAGCCCUCCCAAACCUUCCAGAGACGAUCAAAGGGACCAACGAGAACGCACCAUUACACCGACCUCAGACGAACAAGAUUGGAGGAGCAUCGAAGCACCCUGCUGAGGAGGAUCCAGCCAAGCCCAAACGUCGUCGAGCGAAGAUACAGCGCGUGCAACUCGGACGAGAUGCAUCGUUAUCUCCAGCGGAACUUCCGCUCUGCGAUGCGGACCAUCAGCUCAACUCGCAGCCCGAUGCCGCUGACGAAGACAUGCAGGUUGCCGACGAGUCCGAAAUCAGCUACUUUCCCACGCUACGUCCCACACGGCCUUCUUCCGAUGAUGUCCAGCGUUCUGCCGGAAGCUGGCACGAUCAAGCUGCAUCAGCACCGGCACAAGAUGCUGAGGAGCCUCGCAUAAUCCGACUAAGCCAGGCUGCGCCAUCAACAAGCACAUCAGACCAGGCAAGGUCAAUGGUAGCGGCUCAGCUGCGGACGAGCCCACAAGGCGCCGAACAAGAGCCAGAUGACGACCAGUCAGGCGUCGGAUUGCUUCAAUUGCUCUCGCAGAGCUCCAUGCGCAGGUUCGACCAGGUGCAGACGACUUCAACCUCGCCGUCACGGCAGCGGCAGUCCAGCAGAGAUAACAUCGAUUCUUCCGAUCUCACAAUCGCUGCCGAGGCACAACAUGAGGUGCAGGUCGACUUUGACCCUGGCCACUUCACGGAAGCGCAGGCGCAGCGCAUCGCUGGCUCAGUCAUCGGGAACAGCGCAAAGACACAGCGGUGGUCAUCGUGUCAUCCAGACUCCGUCUCGGACCGUGUAGGGGCUUCGACAAGUCGCGCAAGCACAUCGCGACGAUUGCUGCAAGCCAUCUCUCGGCCCCCUACAACCCGCACGGUGUGUCGAGACCUUGGCCUGUCCUCAAUUCAGAUGCUGAAAGGGCCUCUAUCGGUGAUGCCAGAUUUCGUUCAUCUCAAGUCUGGUGGCCCGACCACACAAGCUGGUGGCAGCGACGACGACCUCCUCGAGCCUUUCGAACACGGUCUGCGCUUUGCAGGAUACUGCCGCGUGGCGAACGACCUGGAUAGACUUCCGCGCCUGCAGCCUCUCAGAGAGGACAUCUUCAAGGUACGGACGCAGAAGCGCCGCAAGGAAGUGGUCAAAGUCAUCGUGCCCUUCUCCGAAGCGGCACUCGCAGCAAACGCUACUCGAGCUCGCUUCCUUCCACCGCAAGCUCUUUCCGAUGCGCCUACGCCUCGCUCGCAUGCGGACGGUCAACGCGAAGCUGUCCUACUUGUAUGGAUGCAAUCUACAGCGCAUGCCUUCUUCCGUGCUUUGGAAGCCAUGAUGCAAGCAGGCUUCGCGCGAUCGGCGCAGAGCAGCUCAUCACAUCGCAACGACUCGACCGAGUCGGAUCUAUACCCCUGGCCCAUCUUGCAUUACGCUGCUCACGCCCAGUCAAGUCGAGUCUCUGGCGAUUCAAAGGCGUCAUCUCAUGUGACGCUGUACGUUCACCUGGACCGGCUCGAAGAAGCACGCCAGAAGCUGGCCUCUCUCGACCUCGGCAACGGCAAAGAUGGCAGCUACCUGCCGUUCAGUGAUCCUUCGGUGCGCCUGCUCGUCACAAGCCUUACAGGCGAGCCUCUCUGCUUAAUCUAA